CCGGUUGGUGGAUGAGAUAGAGGCUCGAGACACCGGAGACAGCGGAGAGUAGUGGACAAACCAACCGGAUAUUUACCUCCACCGAAUAAACCAUUAACGGUGUUUUCUGCCUACAAUUUAGAGAUAUAAAAAGCACGUUUUCGACGGAAUUAACCGUGUUACACGGAUGAAAGAUGACUUGACCGACCGUUAGAAGACCGACCGUUUAAAAACCGAACGUUAGAACGCCGACCGUUAGAAGUAGCUCUACCUCUCUUCGGACUGUAGCGAUGUUCAAACCUCUGGUUGCUUAGUUACCUCCUCUUUUCCUUCUGUCACCGUGGACUUAUCACGUUGUUUUUGCUGUCGCAAACCGAGAUGACUGAAAUCAGCGAAAAGGAGAAUGAACCACAGAACCGGGACCUUCACCGACCACAGGCUACCGUGCCCAGCCAACCGGAGUCAAAGUUGAGUGUCUGGCUGCUGAUGGUUGUCUGAGUGCUUGAAAGGUGAUUUAAGAAUAGGAUAGCCAGUCAGAGGUCCUGCAGGCAGGAAUGAGAGAAACGGAGAGAAAGAGGUGAAGAGUGAAGUACAAGUUGUCACCGUUGUGCUCAUGUAUCCAAUGUUGACCCAGCAUCGUUUGGAUUGAUGAUAAAGUCAUUGAAUAACUGUCCUUGAUUGAGUUCUACAAUGCUGCUGAUCCAGCAGAGUCCCAUGUGCAGAGCGGAGUCAGUUGCAGCGGUUGAAGCGCUCCCUGUCCUUCAAAUCAGUCAUGCGCAGCAAAAGUGUGGACAACUUUUUCCAGCGCAGCAACGGCGAAUCCCGCGCUCUCUCGGCCGUCAUCACCACACCUCUACCGCCAUCUCCUUCCCCCAUCCCCGAGUCCCCGCUGGCCUAUGAGCGCUCUCCGUCCCAUUCCCCGUCUACCAGUCCCAACCCCUCGUUGACAUCACGCUCACCUUCUAUCAGUCCCACGCUCUCCAAGACCCAGCCAAAGUCUCAGGCCCAGCCGGUCAAGACCCACUGUUUCCAGGAGCACGUCUUCCGUAGACCUACCAGCUGCCAGCGAUGCAAACACCCGAUCCAAGGGAACUCCAAGCAGGGGCUGCGUUGUAAAGCCUGUAAGCUGCCGGCCCACCUCUGGUGUUCGUCGGAGCUCUCCCAGCAGCCCUGUAAUGGCAAGUCAGGAGCUUUCAAGAGAAACUUCAGCUCUCCUCUGAUAACCGCCGAUACGCUGGGUGUGGUCAGAGAGGCUCCUGCUGCCCAGGAGGCAGAUAACGGCAUUGUUGACCCUGUGUACGAGGCACUGCGCUAUGGGACGUCGCUGGCUCAGAUGAGUCGCUCCAGCUUCAGCAGUAUUUCAGAGUCACCCUGUCAUGAGGAGGAAGAAGAAGAACUGCCAGAAAAAGUAGAAAACCAGCCAAUAGCUGAGGAGGAGCACAUCCCAGGAAUGCUCACCCCUCCUGAAAGCGAGAAGGCUGAUUCAGAAGACAGGGUCAGCCUGAAGACUCCUAAAAAAGUCGAGGUCCACUCCAUCCACACAUACGUGGCUCUCUACAAGUUUAUGCCUCAGGAGAAGAACGACUUGGAACUACAGCCUGGCGACAGAGUUCAAGUCACUGAUGACUCCAACGAGGACUGGUGGAAGGGAAAAAGCAGAGACAAGGUGGGAUUGUUCCCGGCCAACUUUGUGCAGCGGGUCCGCCCCGGCGAGCGCGUGUGGAAGGUCACCGAUGGUUUCCACGGCAACCGAGACAAAGGCCAGAUGACUGUGAAAGAGGCCCAGAUCUGCGUGGGGAAGAACGAGGAGAUUGACGGUUUCCUCCGGCUGAGCAGCGGGAAGAAGAGAGGCUUGGUCCCUGUGAAGUAUCUGCUAGAAAUAUGACGGCAGCAGCGCACUUCACCUUGACCCUCAGUUUGAUAAAGAAGUUCGCUAUGACGGAGGAAUACUCAGGAGUGUUUACCCGACACCUCACUGACCGCCAACCACCCCUCUAAAAAGUGCCAGUGAAUUAGCAGCUUGAGUGGACGACGAACCACAACUUUGCUUUUCACUGCAGAAGCUUUUAAGACUUAAAGGAGGUGGUGGUGGGGGGAGGAGAGGACUCCUUCAGAGCUACUUUUCUUGUAGCACAACUUUACUUUGUGUGGUUUUAAACACACUCACAACAGAUAUGUAGCAUCAUGUUGAAGAGGAUAGUCUGGCUACCUCACUAGCCAUUUCCAUCGGUCAUCCGUCUGCGAAAAACGGGAGAGGACUACCUUAACGUCAAGGCGUGUCCAAGCCUUGUGAGUCUUCAUUUCACUGUUUGUGUAGCAAAAACAAGACAUGAGAGAUUGUGAAAGAUUGUAGCUGUUUAUUGUGCAAACACUUGUUUUCACACCCUUUAACAGAUUCGGUUUAGUAGAUUCAACUGAGCGUAUAAACCAUCCAGUUUUUUCUAUGUGCAGACUGCAGCCCACAACGUGCACCUGUCUGCUGUUGUAAUAUGAAUUCAUGACGUGUCACUCCUUGCAAAGACUAGAAAAUGAUUCAGGUAUAACAUUGUGUGUAAAAAAAAAAGUCGUCUCUGCUACAUCUUGGUCAAAUGAAAGUCGUAUCACACACACACACACUGGGAUUUUCUGUAUUUCAGACUGCUCUCCAGUGAUUAGAUUACUGUACAUUUGUGCUCUUCACAGCUCCGAUGUGACAAAUGCUUUGCGUGCACCUCGGGGAGCUUUUUUUCUCUCAGUACGCCCUUCAAUGACACUCUCUCUGUAUACACACACACAGAUUUUUGUAGCUCACUUUGUCCCACGUAACUGUAAAAAUGCACCACUAGACUCUGCUUCCUGUCAUUGUAUUGUCAGCGUUGUUUAUCUGUGUGUAAAGUCCUGUAAUAUUCGCUGUGUACUACAACGCGGGGAUGGCACGCCGUCCUGACUUUCUGAUGCUUUUCUCGCGUAGAAGAGCAGAGCAAAGAAAAUACUGUUAUUCAGGAUGAUGGAUAAAAAACCAAACUCUGUGUUAUUUGUCAAAAAAAAAGUGGUGAAGGCUUUUCAAAAGUCUCUCAGAACGUCAUGUUCCAAACUUGUCAGAAAUGUGCUGAAUUUUUGAUGAAUGGCUAAUGUAUCUCCCAGCGCACGUGAUUACUUUUAAGUAACUCUGAGGGACUGUUAUUGUGUCUGUUAUUUAAGGUGACACAAGGCAAAAUCACCGCACACCACUUGAUUUAUUGCUCAGUCAUUAUAAACCUUAAGGCAGUGACAAACUGCCUUUGUUGCGGCAAUAACUGUAAAUAAAGAUAUUAUUUGUAAAUAGCCUUAUAAAGAUACUGUAUAUGUAUAUUGGCUCUGAAUAGCGCUCUUGCAGCUAUCCAGAGCCAACUAAGGGCAUUAACCUCACAGUUAUAAAUUACAGGAGAUCCUUAUUUAGUGUCCCACUUACCAGUGUAUGCAUCUCUUUGCUCAAUUACCAUCCAGCCCUGUCAGCACAAAUCUUUUCAAAUACUAUGCACAACAGUUCUAGUCACUCACUUUGUUUUGUACUCCAGCGUAGCCACACACAUCUCUGUAUAUAUCUGUGCUUUUGCAAAGAUUUGAAUUUGGACUCCAUCUGGGAUCAGUCUGCACCACGCUAAUCCUAAACAUUACUUUCACUGGCUAGAACCAAGAUUGGCUCAGGAUCAGUAUUACCCAGGUGAAUUCCCUCUCUCACCUCAAUGCACACUACCAGGCUAGUUCUUUGCAUGGCUAGCUGCCCUUUGAUCCUCACAUCUCUCAAUAAAGUCAGAUGAACUGUCAAA